AUGUCGAACACAAUCAAGGACCUUGCGGCUGGAACAGCUGGAGGAAUAGCUCAGGUCCUUGUCGGACAACCCUUCGACAUCGUGAAAGUGCGCAUGCAAACUUCGGCAAAGGGCACUUACAGUGGCAUGCUGCAUUGCGCUGGCGGUAUCUUGAAAAAUGAAGGGCCUCUGGCAUUCUAUAAGGGCACGUUAACACCAUUACUGGGAAUUGGUGUCUGUGUAUCGAUACAAUUUGGAGUACUCGAGUAUGCAAAACGGAUAUUUACGGCUCGGAAUCUAGCUAGAGGUGAAGGGGGAGAAGAAGGAAAGAUGCUUGGUGGGGGGCAGCUGGUCAUUGCUGGAGUAGCGGCAGGGCUUGCCAAUGGUGUGGUGUCUGGUCCGGUGGAACACAUUCGCAUUCGUCUGCAGACACAGUCAAACACGAAUCCAAUAUACAAAGGUCCAUUUAACGCAAUGAAACAAAUCGCCUCACAACACGGCAUUGCCGCACUAUUCAAAGGACAAGCUGUUACCUUUUUACGUGAAGCGACAGGCUACGGCGCCUACUUCUUGGUAUACGAAAAGCUUGUACAACGCGAAAUGACCCAGAAGGGCAUACGACGGGACCAGAUUAACCCUAUGAACUCCGUUUUGUACGGCGCGACAGCUGGAUACGCCCUUUGGGCGGUGAUAUACCCUAUAGAUGUGAUCAAAUCUAGAAUGCAGACUGAUGGAUUUACCCCUUCUACUGGACAAAAAUAUGCCUCGGCACGGGAUUGUGUGCGGAAAGUUUGGAGAACUGAGGGAAUUGGCGCAUUUACACGUGGUCUGGGGCCCACUUUGAUUCGUUCACCAUUUGCGAACGGGGCGACGUUCCUUGGAUUUGAGAUGGCUAGUAGACUGCUUUAUUCAUAA